AUACUGUUCUGAAUUAAUCUUAUGUAUGUUAAUGUGGUGUUUUAAGGACUUUGUGUCAUUUUCAUGUGAAAUAUUGCUAGUGCAUUUUAUUCAUUUAAUGACAUUUAUUUAUAAGUAGACUUUAUUUGGACACAGAUGAAUUCCUAAGUGCAAGCGUGAUAUCUUCAAAGAUUGAACCUGUAAGAAUGACCUAGAUAUGUAGUACAGUUAUAUGUACUAGUAUAUGGAGAGCAUGUGAUAAAAGUUGUGAAUACUAGGUUGAACCUUACCCAAUGGUGCAUUACCGUGAUUUUAUUCUGUCACAUGAAAAUCAUUAAGAAACCAUUUAGUGUAUUAUAAUUACAACAUUCACAAGUGAAGUAUUAUCUUUAUCAUUCGUCAGUCACAAGUUUUAAUCUACCCACAAGUUGUUAUCUACCGACAAGAUAUAAUCAGACUGUAAAAGGUUUUUUUAUCUAUAGACAUAAAUUUACAUAGCAUAGAUAAUGAUGAAGUUAAACUAUUACUUAUUAUAUAACCCUACAAACUCACAUGACUAAAGUCAAUCAGUAUAUUUUAAACUAAAAUUAUAUUUUAAUGAGGAUAUUAUGCUUUUUAUGGUGCUAAUAAAAAAUUAACAGAGAUACUUUGUCAUAUGACAUAGAGGUGUUAUUAUAGUCUCUUGUCAUCUACAGUCAAGUGUUGUGGCACAGUUGGGAGUUAUUUGACUGAAAAACUGUGUCUAGAAUAUUAUAUCAUUAAAAAAUUUGUUGUCGAAAUUUGAAUUAAAAAAUUAGACAAAAUGUCCUCUCAAAGACUUAUCACCAAACAAUCAUUGCCAUUGGUGCAGAAGUUUGCAUACAGUGUUGGUCAUGUGUUGAAUGAUUUGACGGCAUCUAUGUGGUUCACCUACAUGAUCAUUUACUUCCAUCAAGUGAAGAAGUUUAACAAUGCAUUAGCCGGAGAUUUAGUUCUGAUUGGACAGAUAAGUGAUGCUGUGUUCACACCAUUUAUUGGAUAUGAAUCAGAUCGGGUCAAAGGAUGCUGUAAUAUGGGUAAAAGGAAAACCUGGCAUUUUAUUGGUACAAUAUGUGUGAUGUGCAGUUUUCCGUUUUUAUUUCUCGGCUGUAUUACGUGUGAUAACGCUCCCGACUGGUCGCAGUUCAUCUAUUAUGCUCCAUUUGUUGUCAUAUUCCAGUUUGGCUGGGCCUCUACACAAAUUAACCAUCUUUCACUUAUACCAGAUCUCACAGAUUGUGCCAACGAGAGAGUAGGUUUAAACGGUUACAGGUAUGCAUUUACUGUUUUGUCUAACAUGAUGGUGUAUGGUAUUGCAUGGUUACUGUUUGAUGUACAUCAAACUUCUGAUGCCUCGGAGCAGCUAGGCCCUGCUGAUUCUUCCAGAUUUCAGAUGCUGGUUCUUAUAGUUGUUAGUAUUGGUAUAUUGUUUAGUAUAAUAUUUCACAUUGGUGUGAGGGAGAGGGCAAUAGAGAACAACCCGGAGUCUCUCAAUGACUCAGCUUCCAUGCUUACUAUAGAAAAAUCUACCAUGAAACAAGUUGUCAUGUCCUGGAAAUGCUGGUUAAAAGAACAUCAGUUUUAUCAAGUAGCUGUUAUAUACAUGUCAACACGUCUUGUUGUGAACAUAUCUCAGGUGUAUCUACCCAUGUAUUUAACUGAAACUUUAAAACUUGAUAAGGAUUCUAUAGCAAUUAUACCAUUAAUAGUGUAUGUGAGUGGUUUUGUCACAUCUUUGCUCAUGAAAUAUGUGAAUGCUGCUGUAGGCAGGAAGGUGACCUAUUUAAUAGGAAUCGGGUUUCAAAUAGGUGCCUGUGCAGCAUUCUAUUUCCUUCCUACCGGGAGUAAACUUGUGUAUGGAGCAGCAAUACUCAGUGGUGUAGGGGGAUCUACAAUGUUAGUUACCUCCCUUGCCAUGACUGCAGAUCUGAUUGGUGAAAAUACCGAGAGUGGAGCAUUUGUGUAUGGAGCUAUGAGUUUUACAGACAAACUGUCUAAUGGUGCAGCUAUAGCCCUGAUACAACAGCUUCAUCCAUGUGGAGCUGGUUGUUGUCCAUUAUGUAUUUCAUACUAUCGACAUAUAUUGACAUUUGUACCAGGCGGAAUGAGUGUAAUAGCUGGUAUUGCACUUGUCACGUUACUUCCUCAGGUGUUAGGUACACGUAGGAAAAAAGCAGUUGCAUUACUUAAACAAGUUACUGAAAAUGGAACAAGAAGGGAGAUAACUCAAGAUGAUUCGUAUGAUUCAGAUGAACAAGAACCAUUACUCCGAGAUUGUAUUGAGAACUCGGUAAAAGCACCAAGUUUCAGUGGUGUUCCUGAAGGGAAAGACAUUAUAACUGAUGCAACUUGAUUCGGCAUUAAUACCAGGGACACAGUUUAAUGAGUGAAUGAUAUGAGCCGCGUCAUGAGAAAACCAACAUAAUGGGUUUGCGACCAGCAUGGAUCCAGACCAGCCUGCGCAUCUGCGCAGUCUGAUCAGGAUCCAUGCUGUUCGCUUACAAACCCUAUAACAAGUAGAGAAACUGAUAGCGAACAGCAUGGAUCCUGAUCAGACUGCGUGGAUGCGCAGGCUGGUCUGGAUCCAUGCUGGUUGCAAACCCAUUAUUAUGGUUUUGUCAUGACGCGGCUCAUAUUAUUAUAUCAGCCAAAUGACAAGUUGAGAGGAACCUAAAAGAAUGAAAAUACUAGGCAAUUUCUACAAUUUAAGUCUAUGAACUCUAGUCUUGUCAGAAUGUAUAGGUUACUAUACAAGAUUGACCCGAAAAAGAAGUGAUCGUGACAUAUAUUUUACUCCUUGUUAAUGUACAUAUAGUAUAUAAUAACAGGGGUACUGUAAUAACAGUUUAUGUGAGUUUUACACAGGUAUUGAAAUACUUUUGUGCCAAGCUUGUAAGUGGAAAAUUAAGUUUUACAAUAGUCAAUUCAUUUUAAUCAUAAUCAUUUCCCAAAAAAAUUACUAUUUGAAAUGUUGUUAUUAUUUAAACAUGUGUUCAUGUAAAAUAGUAUUUGUUUUUGAUGACAGAUAUAUUUUUAUAUUUUACAAACUACUGUGUUACAUUAUUGUUUAGUCAUAUAUGAUGAUCUUAUUUGAUAUAGGGGAAAUCAAUGUGAUAUUUGUAGUUUGUUAUAGUAAAACUUUUUAAAAGUUUUGUAUUUGUUUAGGGUCAGAAAUUUAGUCUUAGACAUUAAAUCUUUUGUUAUGUAUAAAGUAUAUCAGGUAAAGUACUGAUUUAUUUAGAUAUAAAAUGAAAAACUGAUAUCCAGUUAUUGAAUUGUACAUGUACAUCGUGUACAUGUAUACAAUGCUUUAUUUUCAGUCUCAUUAAAAUAAGCUUUUUGUUUUCACUCUGAAACUAUGGUCUAUCUACCAAUAACAUAGUGGAGUGUCAGUUAGGAGAUAAUUUUAAUGAGAUACAGUUUAUUUUUUGCUGACCUAUUAAAGGAAAUUGUUUUAAAGGAACUCCACUGAGGUCCAAAAGCCUAAAAACAUAAAAUUAAAAUU